UUGAAUAACCGAGAAGAGAGCGUUACACACACUUUCGACAUAUCCUCUUAAUAUCGACUAAACAUUGUCGUUCGUCAUCAUUCCAAUUUCAUUUCUAUUUGUAUCCUUGCAUCCACUUGUGUUACCGUUUGGAUAAUGCAGGACGUGAAAACCGUCGCUGUACGAAGGAAAGCUCAAUAAAGUAGUUUGAAUCGAAUUAUCGUGGAACGCUCUCCGAUCCACGAUUUCAUGGAAUAGAUGGAGUCGAAGGGUCGAAUGGCGAGGGAGGGGGAGGGAUGGAGCACGAAGGGGGUUUAUCCCGACCGAUGUGAAUUCAUAGAUGCCGCUGACGGAUGUAUUCUCCGACGUAAACGGUUCAUCUGCAUACGCUGCGACAGACGAUAUGUCAACAGCAGGGAUCUCAAGAGGCAUGAGAAGUAUGGCUGCGGCAGAUCACCGCGUUUCAAGUGUCCAUAUUGCAGUCAACGAGCCAAGUAUCGCUCGGUCAUUUACAAUCAUGUGCGCGCAAUACAUCCCAGGAUGCACGUGAUGACGGUGGAUCUCGGGAGUGACACCUGUUUCGCGUAAGCGGUCAUCGUCGAGAAGGAAACCAAGAGCAUCAACGGGAUUUCGCUUCUCGCGUGGUGUCAUGAUGGAUCGAAUAUUUCCGUCCGAGAUCAAUCUCUGUCAUUGGUGUCGAUAUCUAGUCUGUGAAGUUUAAUACGUAAUGGCGUAGCCUUUUCGUUCUCUUCCAUUGUCUGUCGCUUUACACACGCUUUAGAAAGCAGGGAAGAGUGUAACAAACGAUCAGACGGGAAGCGAUAGCGUUUAAUGUAACUUUAAUCUUUGUGCCUAUACAUAGUAACACCGUGUUAAGACUUUACGUGAUCUGUAUCAAUAUGAAGCUGAUAUAAUAUGAAAUUGGCUUCAAAUUUACUCGAAAUGCGUUUACUGUUAAAACAAACUGUGGUAUACAUCGUAUUUCUACGAAUGUACUAGUCUUUCUUCUCCGUCACUUCUUAUAGUCUCGAAAGCGAAUAAAAGAGCGAAAAAAUAAACGAAAUCUUUCCACGUGUUAACUUCGCGUUAACUUUGUUGAAUUUCUCAUACUUCCACAAAAACUGUUCACAUUAAGUUUAUCCCUUUCUACUUUAGAUUUCAUCUAUCGUUAGUGAAUGUCCGAGAGUUUACGCAUACACAUACAUAAAACACACACACACCCACACACAUUCCAUAUUUUCCUUGUCUCGUUCAUUAUCUUUUCAGAGUAAAAAUUACUACAAAGAUGGUCACGCGGAAUCGGCGA